GCAACAUGCAAAAGACAACAUUUAUUAAUUUAAUGUUGAUAAAAGUGUCUAUUGCAACAUUCUUAUAAGUGAAUGUUGCCAUUUAUGUUAAUAAUUGAGAUUUGGCUGCAUUUUUUAAGUGAAUGUUGCUAAUGUCGUCUUUUUGCAAUGUUUAUUUUGUGUUGCAAAAUUUUAUUUUAUUUUUUGCACUAUAUUCUGGUUGUUACUUUAGUAAGUAGAUGGGCAUGAUUUGUGAUUUGUAUGGCAGUAUCCUAAUUAUGUUUUUGAUGUUGCUUUAAAGCAGUAUCCUAAUUAUGGUUGGUUGUAAUUAGUUUUCUAACAAUUUCUGUCAUCGAUCAGGUUAGAAUACACAAAUUCUUGAAGAAAACAGAGAGGCAAAAAGUUAAAGAGACAAAACAGGAAGGAGGUGGUUCUGAUGGCAAUGACCAAGAACAAGAAAAUUUGUAAAAGGCUGUUAAUAAUUUGAUGAAAAAACAAAAUUUGCGAGCAGUGGGGCAACUAGUUAAAGGACAGGAUGAUUCAAAACCAUGGGGCACUGAUGCUAAAGCGAAGGUUGGCAGCCGACUCAGUGAAUUGCUGCUUCAAACAGCCUAUAUACAACCUCCAGUCAAUCGGUUAGCAGACAGUUCACCUGAUAUUCGACCUGCAUUUAUACACACUUGUAUAACUGUACGGAAGGAAACAAAUGAAUAGAGAGACUAGCGAAUUCAAAGACGACAAUAGAGAGACUAGCGAAUCAAAGAAGAUCAUGUUUUGGAAUUUACUCCAAGUUGGGAGGUUGCCUUUGAGAAUGAGACUUCAUACAUCCUUGAUUGAAGUGCGGCAUUGAUUGACGGCUGUAUUAUCUCAAGUUUUCAAGUCAUAGAUGAGUUAUAUACUACUUAUGAAGGGCAAUUAGCAAAAAAAAUAUCUCUGUCAUUCACAACUAUUGCAAAAAUACUCCCGAUUUUCUCAAACUUGAUAUGUACACUCUCAUUUUAAACUUUCCUUGCGGAGUUGGUCCUUUCUAUCUAUUUCAUUAAAUCCUUCCAUAAAAUAUAGGUAAUUGGCGUA